AUGAGUAAAAGCUACACUUCGAAGCACCCAAGACGGGUGGUCUCCGACGCAGAGGAGCUGAAGGUGUUCUGGGAGAAGAAAAUCCAGCGUCACGCACGGCAGCUGCAGAGAGAGGACGAGCGGAUCCGUAGGAGCGCCCUGGACAGGCUCCGUGGAGAAUGGGCUCGGAAGCUGGAGCUGAGGCACAGGGCGCUGCAGGCUCCCCUGGAGGCCGCCCCGCGGUCCUCCGGAGACAAGACGGCAGCCUGA